CUGAGUGAAUGUGAUCGGAAGUCAAGGUCUUUUUUCAUCGAGACAAUUUUGUGCCUUAGUCAGACAAUCAGACCUAACCAAAACCUGCACAAUCAAAUUUGUAACGGAACAUCAAUCCAUAAUUGGUUUAUUCGUCAUAAAUGAUGCAGUUUAAACAGCUGCAGAAAUUCACCAGUGGACGAUCCAGUGAUGUAAAAACCACAAGCAUAGGUUCGAGCAUAGAGGUAUAGAAAUACUUCGAGACUACUGUGAAAGAAAUGACAUAACACCAAUUCAUAACUUGUAGUAGUUUCCAGUGUGGACUAGCCCGUUCGUAAGCGUUUAUGUCUACUAAAUUUCACCAACUACAGUUUCUCAACGGAAUGAGUCAUAGUUUUAAUAGCUGCAAAACUUCACCAGUGGACGAUCGAGUGAUGUAAAAACCAUGAUAGCUUCGAGCACUCUUGUAGAGGUUUCCCUUCGUUAACUACUAAAAUUCACAAACUUCAGUUUGCUUGACGAAAUAAGGGAACUUCAUAGUAGCUCAAAAAUGUUUUACGUCAUCAGCAAAAAGAGUUCGAUCAUCUUUACUGUUUUGAUAACUUGCUUUCUUCUGUUGGGUUACUUGACGUCUCAACAUGACGUCAACGUGGAUGACAGUAGGAGGAACCCAGGGAUACAUGGCGAAGUAAAGAACUACCAAAAAGGGGUUUUAGCAAGGAUGCCCACACCGCAUAGUGGGACCAGCGAAGACCACCGUCAACCAGCCAUUACGGCCGGUCCAGUGUCAUACAUUGCACCAGUGUUUGAAUGCACCAAACCAGGGACUAACAAAAGCUGUGACACUAUGGUCCUAACUACAACAAACACCGGGUUCCUGGACAUCACAGAAAAUAUGCUGGAGAGUAUUAAGAGAAUGGUGGUCCCUCCAAACAUCACGAUCAUCGCUGAAGAUGACAAAUCCUACAAGCGGUUUACUGUUGAUGGCGGUUACUGUAUAUAUUGGAAGUACUUUUGUGUCGAGUUGUUAACAGUUUUUCGUGCAGGCCGUACAAGCCAACAACGCACUGUCGUAAUUCACAAGCACUUGCAAGGUAGGAGCAUAUUUCAUGUAAUUUUAGUAAGAUAAUUAUAAUCAUUGGCAAGAUUUAAUAAUUUACAAUUUUUUCAAAAUUCUUGUGCCCGUAUGGCUGACUGUAUUAUGUUAUUUUAUUUAAAGGCACUGGGCAAUAUUUGGUUAUUAUUACUCAAAAUGAUUGUUAGCAUACAAAUUUACUUGGUAACGAGCAAUGGGAGCUGUUGAUAAAGCACUGUGAGAAUGGCUCCCAUAGAUUUCUCACUAAAACAUUCACGGCAGUGGACACUAUUGGUAAUUACUCAACAUAAUUAUUAUCAUAAAACCUCACUUGGUAUGAGUAAUGGGGAGAGGUUGAUUGUAUAAAAGCUGGCUACGUAUGCCAGAGCAGUAGGCCCAUAGGCCUAUAAUAAAUUAUGAACAUGAAAGACUUGACACAUAUAUUACGCAUCAGCAAGGUUGUACACUGUGCGGUGGUAUAGAUAAAUUAUACGCCAAUCGUUUUCCCUUUGUUUUGUUUUAUAAAAUUUGCAAUUUCAUCUGCUCAUGACUUUUGAUUUUGUCAAAUUAAAUUGCUUUGCAUAUUUAGGAGAUCCUUAUGGGGGUAAAAUGAAUACCAACAGGUGGUCUUCAAUAAAAUAAAAUUAAAAUUAAAUAUUUUUUGCAAAAAUAAAUUAUCAUUUUUUAUGUUUAUUGCUUUGACAUAUUCAUUUAAUAAAUCACGACUUAAAACCCAUCUCUUCAAUCACAGAAGCGCUAAGAGACUUUAUUUUGUAUUAUGCGCUAUAUAAGAACUGUUUAUUAUUAUUAUUAUUAUUAUAACAUUUUGAUCAUUAUAGGCAUUAAAGGCAUAGGACACUUUUGAUAAUAUUACUCAAAUUAAAAUAAUUGUUAGCAUAAAAACUUGCUUGGUAACGAGCAAU